AUGGGGAAAUGGACUGGAAUGGGAUGUGGGAGCCUUGCAAGUUCUGCUGUAGUUAAUGAUGUUUACAAUUUCACUGAAUUCGAUCAACAGAUUUGCUACAUGCUCCAUAUGUAUGAUCAUUACAUAGCUGCAACGAUACUGAACUAUUUGGCUUCAAGAAUGGGUCCAUCCUCUUCGUCUUCAUCAUCAUCUUCACAAUUUCAUUUAGGAGUGUUUCCUCAAAUUCUGGGCUUUCUUUUCUUCUUCUUAUCUAUUGGAGCUUCGGGGACUACUUUUACUUUUGUAAAUGACUGUGGGUUCACUAUUUGGCCUGGAGUCAAUGGCUGGACUGAUUCCAAUACUGGAUUCGAGCUAACAAAGGGUACUGCAUGCUCUUUUCAAGCUCCGGUUGGGUGGUCGUGUGGUAUCUGGGGUAGGACAGGUUGCAGCUUCAAUGUAUCCGGUUAUGGGUCGACUCAUAUAUUUACCUGUAUUGAUGCCGAUUACACUGUCAGAUUUUGUCCUGCUUCCGAUUCAUUUUCAACUAUCAAACUUGGCAGAGUUUUGAUCAUCCAAGAGCCCAUUGAAGAAGCAUCCCAAAGAUUGAUGAUUCGAAGACGAGGACAACCCUACUGGACUAGUGGUAGUCUAAAUAAUCAAAUAUUUCAAUAUAUGUUUUCAUUGAAUGGCCCAAGUAGCCAAUCUAGAUAUAAUCUCUCUUCUAUAUACACCAACGAAGCACGAUACUUUAGCUAUGAGGCCAAUAAUAUCUCUGCUUUACCCAUGUGGAUUUUAACAGCAAAACGACAAGUUACAGAUAUUGAUAAUUCUACUGUUUGGACACCUGAGUUCUGUUAUGGGUAUGAUUCUGGUAAUGGUUGUGUGGAGUUGAGUUUGCCUCGGUGUAGAAGAGAGAGUGAUAAGUUUAGUGAAAUGAAAGGAGAUUUUGCUAAUGAUUUGACAAGAAGUGCUAUUGAUGACAACUCGAGUUUAAGUAUUAGCGAUUGUUUUGUUAAGUGUUGGAAUGAUUGCACUUGUGUGGGGUUUAAUAGUAGUAGCAUCAAUGGAACUGGCUGUGUUAUAUGGACUGGAAGUAAUAACUUUUUAGUUAAUCCUCGUGAUAACUCUACUUUAAAGUAUGUGAUCAACCAAAAUCCAAUCAAUCCAAGUACAGGUACCAAAAUAGAAAAGAGCAAGAAUUGGGAAUGGAUACUCAUUGGCGUUGUCAUUCCUCUCUUUUUCCUAUGUUUUGGCAUUUUAUGCUUCAAGGAUAUACAUCAGCUUCUGAAAGCUGCCACUGAUGAUUUCUCAGUUGAGAAUAAGCGCGGACAAGGUGGUUUUGGACCUGUUUACAAGGGAAGACUAAGUGAUGGACGAGAAAUUGCAAUCAAAAGGCUUUCAAGAACAUCAGGGCAAGGGAUCGUGGAAUUCAAGAAUGAACUAAUGAAAACAAAAAAACAGAGUUGGAUUGGCGUAAACGAUUCGACAUAA